AUGACCACUCGGGCUAUCGUGAAAUAUGUUCUCUCAGGAGAUACCGUUGUCGUGCGAUCUAAAGAGAUUCCAGCAAAGGGCAAGCCUUCUAAAGAGAGGAUUCUGCAUCUCGCCGGUAUUCAAGCUCCCCGUUUAGGCUCUGCUACUCGGGAGGAUGAGCCAUAUUCUUUUUCAGCCAGAGAAUAUCUUCGAGCACUUUUGGUAGGAAAAGAAGUAGCUUAUAACGUCACUCAUACUCCCACCGGACCAGGUCCCGAGCGUGAAUUUGUGUCACUGUUCAUUGCACCCGCAGGACCAGGUCAACCUCCCCAAGAGGUAGCUGCUCUAGUUUUAGCUCAAGGCUGGGCAAAGAUGAGAGAUGGUGUAGGAGAGGGUGAUGAAGCAGUGAGACGACUCGGAGCUGAAGAAGCUAAGAAACGAGAACAACUGAGGGCGUUUGAGCAACAAGCUAAAAGUGAAGGCAAAGGAGUAUGGGCGGAACAACCUGAAAGCCAACGCACUGUUUCCUUCCAAAUGCCUGCUGAUGCUCAAGCUUUCGUCGCCGAGCACAAAGAUCAAGAUAUUGAUGCCAUUGUUGAACAAGUUCGGGAUGGUACACAACUCCGAGUCAGACUACUUUUAGAUGAAGAAAACCAUCAAUUCGUCAACCUUGUUCUUGCUGGAGCUAAAUCUCCCAGAGCUUCCAUGGGAAGGGAAAAUGAUGCUUCAAACGCUGAGCCAUGGGGCGAAGAGGCUAAAUUCUUUAGCGAGGUCCGAAUGCUGCAACGCUCUAUCAAAGUCAGGCUGUUAUCCGCUCCAGUGUCAUUAGGUGCUUCUCCCUUCCAAUCUGGUCCUACACCUGCCGGUGCCACAAAAGCUGGCCACGGGGCAAAUGGCUUACCAGCACCCUCAUCUGGUGGGGCUAGUGUCAUCAUCGGUAUCGCUAAACACCCUAACGGAAACAUCGCCGAAUUCCUAUGUGGAGCAGGUUUAGCCAAAGUGAUAGACUGGCAUGCAGGUCUCUUAGGUCCUCAUGGUGGAUUGGAUAGAUUCCGAGCUGCUGAGAAAUCCGCCAAAGAAAAGAAAUUGGCAUUAUGGGAAUCCUACGGAAUAUCUAAAACCGCUGGGACAGCCAACGGAUCAUCGACUUCCGGAGCACCGACGACCAAAGGAAACGAAUUUGAUGCCACUGUAGUGAGAAUCUGGGGAUCAGAUCAAUUGAGCGUGCUUCCUAAGACCGAGGGAAAGGAAAGAAGAUUGCAACUUUCUUCAGUCAGAGGACCAAGAGGAACUGACCCCAAAUCUUCUUACUGGGGGAAUGAAGCAAAAGAAUUCCUUCGAAAACGUCUGAUCGGCAAAAGUGUGCAUGUUCACAUCGAUUACGUCAAGCCUCGUGAUGGAGAAUACGAAGAGCGAGAAUGUGUCACUAUCACCUAUGGUAAUGCUAAUAAUAACAUUGCCGAACAACUCAUUGAGAAGGGUCUCGCUACUGUACUCAGGCAUAAAAGGGAUGACGAGGACAGAUCUAUGGAAUUGGAUAAGUUGAUCGUUGCUGAGCAAACUGCUGUUACUGAAACCAAAGGUUUACAUUCUACCAAAGAUGUCUCAUUACCUCGUAUCGUUGAUGCUUCGGAAACUGCUUCUCGAGCAUCUUCGUAUCUCACACAAUGGAAGAGACAAGGUAGACAUUCCGCAAUUGUGGAUUUUGUUUCAGCUGGAUCCAGGUUUAAAUUGUAUAUGCCUAAAGAAAAUACUAAAGUCACUUUUGUGCUUGCUGGAAUAAGAGCACCUAGAACCGCUCGAAACGCCCAAGAAAAAUCCGAACCUUUUGGACCUGAAUCAUUGAAAUUCGCCAGCAAAUACAUGCAGAGAGACGUUGAAAUUGCUUUCGACACCACUGACAAAUCAGGAGGAUUUAUCGGAGCUAUCUACGCUUCUGGCGGUUCGAACAUAGCUGUAGAAAUUGUUCGAGAAGGUCUUGCAACUGUACAUCAAUUCUCAGCUGAUUCAUUACCUUUCGGAAGGGAGUUGACUGCUGCUGAGGAGGAAGCGAAAGCAGCUAAGAAGAAUAUCUGGUCAACAUACACCGAAGAGGAUACUACCGCUGUUAAAGCUGUUGAUGAAACUGGCGCUUUGGCACCUGAUUAUCUGGAUGUUUACGUCUCUAGCGUUAAGGAAGAUCCCUUCACUUUCUCCGUUCAGAUUCUAGACAACGACAGCGUCGCAUCACUGGAAAAAUUGAUGUCGGAUUUCUCAUUACACCAUAAGCAACCCACUUCAUCUUCACCAGCUGGUUUCACGCCUAGAACAGGUGAUUUAGUUUCUGCCAAAUUUACUGAAGACAAUCAAUGGUACCGAGCAAAAGUCAGAAAAUCAUCUGUUAUAAAGAAGGAAGCCUUAUUGUAUUUCAUCGAUUAUGGGAAUGAAGAAACUUUACCUUUUUCAAGGAUAAGACCGCUGGACAGUAAAUUCAAGACGUUACCUGGACAAGCUAAAGAAGCUAGAUUGAGUUUCGUUAAACUCGUUCCUCGAUCAUCUGAAUAUGGUAUUGAAGCAUUACGAAGAUUCAACUAUUUCACCGAAAAUCGUAAACUAGUAGCUAAUAUAGAUCAAAAGGAAGGAAAUGUAUUACAUUUGAGGUUAAUCGAUCCCACUGAUCCUAAUGCAGCGGAUGACCCUCUAGCUUGUAUCAAUGCUGAUUUAGUAAGAGAGGGUCUAGCAACAAUCGAUAAAUCUGUUAGAUAUCUUAAUUCUUAUUCCCAAGUUUUGGGUAAACUAAACGACGCUACCGAAGGAGCCAAGAAAGAUAGACUUGGUAUUUUCGAAUUCGGAGAUGUCAGCGAGGAUUAG